AUGGCGGAUGUGGACCCCGCGGCCGAGGCGGCCGCGGCCGCCGAGGGCGCCGCGGGCCCUCCGCGGGACGUCUUCACCUCCCCCGACUUCAACGCCGUCGACUUCAUCAACCGCCUGUUCCCCGACGAGACGCACCUCGGCGGAGUGGACCCGCUCAUCGCGAAAUUGAGGCUGCGCGUGCGGAGGGUAGACGACGAGAUCUUGAGCGCGGUGAGGUCGCAGAGCACCGGCGGCGCGCGCGCGAAGGCGGACCUCGAGAACGCGCAGUGCGCGAUCGCGGAGCUCAACGCGCGGAUCGCGGAGAUCAAGGCGAAAGCGACGCAAAGCGAGGUCAUGGUCCAGGAGACGUGCCAGGACAUCAAAAAGCUCGACUACGCGAAGCGGCACCUCACGGGAACGAUCACCGCGCUUCGACGCCUCAGCAUGCUCGUCGGCGCGCUCGAACAGCUCGAACAGAUGGCGAUGCGCCGCCAGUACCGCGACAGCGCGAACCUCCUCGAGGCGGUCAACCAGCUCGCGACGCACUUCGAGGGAUACAACGACAUCCCUAAAGUCGCGUCGCUGCAGAAGAAACACGCCGACGUCCGCGGCUCGCUGCGAUCGCACGUCAUCGAAGACUUCCACACGACGUGGCAGCCCACGGUGAUCGAGCGCGACCCGGGCGCGGCGCCGCGCCUCGCGGACGCGUGCCUCGUCGUCGACGCGCUGGAGCCGUACGUCAGAGAGGAGCUCAUAGGCAACAUCACGAACAAAGAGAUGCUCAACUACGCGACGACGUUCGACGGGUCGUACGGCGACCACGACGCGAAGCUCGAGUCCACGGAGCGACGCUACGCGUGGAUCAAGCGCAACCUGAAACAGAAGGAGGAGAUGUGGGGGGUGUUUCCGGAGCGAUGGAAAGUCCCGCAGCUCCUGUGCAUGUCGCUGUGUAAGCUCACGCGGACGAAUCUCGCGCUGUUGUUGGACGACGACGCCGGCGCGACGGAGGUGCCGGCGUUGCUGCAGGCGUUGCAUCGAACGAUCGAGUUCGAGCGGGACCUCGACGAGUACUUCGGCGUCGGGAAGGACGGCGGCGGAGGCGGAGGCGGCGGCGGCGCCAACGACGGUGGUAACGCCGGCGACGAGAGCGUUCAUGACGACGACGACGACGACGCGUACGACGGCGAGGACGGCGCGAGCGCCGGGGAGGUCCGCGCCAAGUACGAGGCCCGUCGCAAGGCGAAGGAAAUCUCCGAACAACGCGGCGGUCGAGCGCUGCCGAUGGACUCCGCCGCCGCGGCGGUCGCCAAGGCGAGCUUCCGCGGCGUCAUAAGCACGUGCUUCGAGGACCACAUGGGAGCGUACGUCGAGCUCGAGGAGCGCCAGCUGUUGGAGUUCGUCGACCAACUCGUCGCGGAGGAGACGUGGGGGAAGCGCACGCCGAAGGAGAAGAGCAUCCUGCACAACAUCAACAACCAGACGAGGUCGCCGCUGCUCGCGUUGCACGGGGUGUUCUCGCGGGUGUUACGGAAAUACGCGGCGGGGUUACGCGCGCGCGCGGAGGCGGCUGGGAAAAUUUUAAACGACGUGAAGAAACAUCCAUCCGGGAGCGCGGGGCCCGACGGCGACGACGCGCUCGUGGACGAGGUCAAGUGCCUGUGCCUCAUCGUCAACACCGCGGAGUACUGCAACGAGACCGUGGGCCCGCUCGCGGAGAGCAUGCGACGGAUGCUGGACGGCGCGCAGCUGAAAGAGGCGGUGGACGCGAGCGACGCCGAGGACGAAUUCGCCGGCUGCGUCGGCGGCGCGUUGACGACGAUGACGCUCGGCAUCGAGGCUCGCGCCGAGCUCGCGAGCGGGAUCGCCAAGGUGAACUGGUCCGCGCUCGAGAUGGUGGGCGACCAGAGUCCGUACGUGGACGCUCUAACGCGCGCGCUCGCGGCGUUCGUCCCGACGGUGAAGGCGACGGUGAGCGCGAAUUACUUUCGAUUCUUUUGCGAGAAGCUCGCCGGCGGCGUCGCGCCCAAGCUGUACCGCGCGACGUUCAAGUGCAAGCGCUUCUCGGACGCGGGCGCGCAGCAGUUCCUGCUGGAUCUCCACGCGGUGAAGACGAUCCUGAUCGACCUUCCGACGACGCAGUCCGCGGACUACGAGGAGGACCUCUCCGGGCGGACGGAGAAGCCGACCUACGUCGUGCCCCCGGCGUACGGAAGAGCGGUGACGCGAGAGAUGGGGAAGUGCGAGGCGCUCGUCAAAGUCAUCCUCUCCCCGCACGAGGGGUUGGGGGACACGUACAGGGCGCUGCUUCCGGACGGGACCCCCGGGGACUUCCGCGCGGUGUGCGAGCUGAAAGGGAUGAAGAAGGCGGACGUUUCCGCCGCGACGGAGGCGACGUUCGGUCGCGCGGGCGCGCAGGCCAAUUUGGUCGCGGCGGGCGCGGUGGCGUCUUCGUCGUCAUUCGCGGGCGGCGGCGGCGCGUCGGCGUCCGCGAGUAGUUUCGGGCACCACGCGCGCGGGAGCUCCGGGGGGAGCGGAAGCGGCGGUGGCGGAGGGUUCGGCGGCGGCGGCGGCGCGACCGGGUUCGGCGGCGGCGGCGGCGGCGGCGGCGGCGGCGGGCAUCACGCGAGGACCAACUCUGGCGGCUCCGGCGCGGGGAAUAAAUUCGGCGCGAUGUUUAAGGGCCUCUCCGGCGGCGGCAGCGGAAGCAGUCUGAACCAGAUGAUGGACCGAGCGAAGGACAUGACGCAGAAGGCCGCGGUCGGGAUGAAGGAGAUGGGCGAGAAGGCCGCGGACGGGACGAGGAAGCUCAUGCAGGACUCCUCUGGGACGCCGAGGCGAUAGGACGUACGGUGGUGGUUUCGAUUCAUUCGUUCGACUUCCACGAGUUAAUAGAGUUAACAUCGACGCCGCUCGCCAUCCCCCCGCCUCCUCCCCGCUACUCACUCGGCCAUCGCGGACGGCUUCGUCAUCCCGCGCCCCAUCAGCCCUAACUUCUUCUUCCCGACGCGCUUACCGUCCGUCUUCUCGUCCCUCGGCGCGCUCUGCCGGAUGCACAUCGCGCGCACGUUCGCCUCCGCCCUGGACACCUCCGCGAGCGCCUGCGCUCGGCUCUGCGAGCGCAGCUUCAUCGUCGUCCGCCCGAGCGGCCUCCUCGUCGCGCCGUCGUCCUCGUCCUCGAGGUCGUCGUCGUCGUCGCUCGAGGAGCUCGUCGCGUCGUCCGAGUCGUCCUCCAGCGCGGGCUUCCUCCCGACUCGGACGUUGUCGAACGCCGCGCGCUCUUCGAACAGCGCGUUCGACACGAACGGCAGCGGGGAGGGCUCGCCGUCGUCGCGCGACGCCGCCGCGUCGUCGUCCGCCGCGCGAUGCCGCCGCGCGUACUUCUUCAGCGCGAGUAUCGGGCUCAUGACAGGGCUCGCGGCGGCGGCGUCGUCGCCCUCCACGCAUAUCAACAGCGCCGGCGCGGCGACAGGGGACGGGUCCGCC